CGUCAAAAGCUCCAACAACCAGCUGCACACCAUCCCACAUUUUCUCUCUUCAGCAUUACACUUUAGUGCACUCGAAUACCAUUCUACACCUCUACAUCCAUCUCCGCCCUCCGCACCACCGCCGACUGACCACUCCUCCCCCUUCCCGCCCGCCAUGGCGAGCAACACGGUGCCCCAGAAUCCCACCUCGCACAAUGUCGCCAGUCUCUUGCACAAGCUGCACGAUGCCGACUCGGAUAUUCGCUACAUGACCCUCAACGACCUGAACCAAAUGUUCACCAUCGGUCAUGCCACCUUCCUGCAACACGACUACACAACAUGCGCAAAAGUGGUUGAAGGGCUGCUGCACACGCUCAACGACAGCAAUGGCGAAGUCCAGAACAUGGCUGUCAAAGUGCUAGGACCCUUCGUCAACAAGGCCCCAGAGGCCAUUUUGUGCCCAACAAUCGAGAAAGUCAGCAAUAUUAGAACCGACAACACGAUUGACAACUCAAUACCUGCAACUGCUGUUCGCCAAAUCGUCAUUUCUCUACCACAUCCUGCGCCAGGCGUGACACGGAAUCAAAAAGUGGUCGAUGCCUAUAACGCCGUCAGUCGAGCACUGAUCCCUCGUCUCGUCGGGCGUGUCAUUGUUCCCCUCCCCAAGCCGGGGCCUCCACCGCCAAAGGGCAUGUUGCAGGAAGAUCUAGAGACGGGCAAUGACUCCAACAGUCUGGAUCUCCUCCAAGCUGUUGCCGUCAACUUUGGGCCCAUGCUGCAAAUAGCAGAAGUCGAGGCGCUGGAACAAAUCACCAUGUCUAUCCUUGAGAGCGAGAGAUGUGGCACUGUCAUGAAGAAGAAGGCAGUUCAAGCCCUUUCGGCGCUCGCACCUUACUUCGAUGACCGUCUACUCUCGAAUCACGUCAGUUACUCGAUCGAGCAGAUGCGCCAGCCGCACCUCACGAGUCAGCAGCGGAAGCUGUACAUCACCGUCUUUGGCAGUCUAGCCCGCAGCAUACCGCAGAAAUUUGGUCCCUACCUCAAGACACUCUCUCCAUUCGCACUGGCCCCGCUGAGCCAAGAUGAGCUCGAACAGCAGCAAGAGGCAGAGGCGGAGGCUGAUGGCGAGCGAGAUGUGCAGAUGGAAGAAGUCCGGGAGGCAGCUUUGAGCUCCAUCGCCGCCUUUUUGGAGUGCUGUCCUUUGGACAUGAAGUCAUAUGCAACGGACGUGGCAGAUGCUGCGACGCGCUUCCUCAAAUACGAGCCUAACGUACUCGAUGACGACGAUGAGGACAUGGAGGAAGAGCAGGAGGAAGAUGACGAAUUCGCCGACGAGGACUUCGAGGAAGAGACGGGUUUUGAAGACGAGGACGAUGUGAGCUGGAAGGUUCGCCGAGACUCUGCAAAGGCACUGCGUGCUUUAGUAGGCAUGCUCGACGCAAAAGAUCCAGCAAUCUUCGGCCAGAUCGCCCCUGCGCUCAUCAGCCGCUUCAAGGAGCGCGAGGAGAGCGUGCGGAACGAGGUUGUGAACACUUUAGCGUUCCUCAUCACCAAGACUGGAGCGUCUAAGACGCUGCAUAAGACCGAGGUCAACGUUCUCGCCCCAAGCAGGAAGCGGAGACGUGGUUUCUCAGACUCUCUAGGCUCUGACUUGCAGGCUCAGCAGGCUCUCAUGAAUGGCCACGCCUCACCUCCAACUCCACCUCCUGCCGACGGCUCCGCCCAGGGAUUGGUCAAGAUCAACCCAGAGAUCGUGAAGGGUGCCGCAAAAUUGUUCAAGACAUCCACUCCUGCCACAAAGCAGGCGCUUAUUUCUCUCCUGAAGGACAUGGUGAUCGCACAGCACGGUGGUCUUUCUGACAGCGCCGAUCUUGUGAUCGACCCCGUAGUAGAGGUCAUCAAUGGUGCCGCAUCCACUGGCUCCAAUGUGGCAGCCAACGCUGUGCGGGUCGAGGCUCUGGCCCUACUUCGAGCCAUUGCAGAGACUCAUUCCAGCGAGGUCAUUCAGCCGCAUCUGGACAAGAUUGUUCCGGCGAUUGUCAAGACAGCCAAGGAUCGCUUUGCUAAGGUGUCUGGUGAGGCCUUCUCCACCAUUGAAGUAUACAUCAAAGCUCUCACCCCUCCGCGUUCCACUUCAGACAACAAUGCACCUGUGUUGGCCAAACUUUUCAAUGUCAUCUCGGAGCGCAUCUCUGCUCAAGAGACUGAUACCGAGGUCCGUCGAAAAGCUGUGCAUGCACUCGGUCUUCUCAUCGGUCGCACCAGUGGUGCUGCAUCGAACUUCGUGUCUCAAGAGGACCGUUUUGCUGGUCAGCAGCUUAUCGCAGAGCGCAUGAAGAACGAACUGACUCGGCUGUCGAGUGUUCGCGCUGUCGACACUAUUGCAGUGCUUGCGCAGACACCAAAAGACUUCAAGCCGGGCUUUGUCAAUGCCGUCGCCCUCGAGCUAGGCGCUCAGCUUCGCAAGUCCAGCCGCUCGUUGCGAGGUGCCAGUCUGAGUGCUCUGCGCAUGCUUGCCGUCAACCAGGCUUCUAGGGAUAGCAUGGAUGAUACGGUGAUUGCACAGCUCGUGGAAAUGCUUGUACCCUUGUUGGAGUCUGGCGAUCUACACAUGAUGGGUCCUGCCUUGAUUGUGCUGGCCUCUUUUGCUAAAGACAAGCCUCAAACAGUUGCUACGGACCCAGUCAUUGCUGGCAUUUGCAGCAUUGUGCGAUCGCCAUUGUCCGGGUCUGCACUCGAUGCGCUGAUCACCUGCGUUGAGUCCAUCGGUAAAGCCGGGGCCGGCCAGCGCUUGAUGGCAUCAUUGUUGAACAUUGCCCCGGCUGGAGAUACCGACGUGACUGGUCAGGUCAUUGGCACGCUGCUCGUCGCCGGAGGAGAUAGCGUUGGUGUGCAACUUGACUCCUUCGUGCAUGAGCUUCAGACGCAGACAGAUGAGGCAAAGAGAUGUCUCGCGCUGUCUGUACUGGGAGAAGCUGGUCUGCGCCAAGGUACACAAUUCCCACUCAACCCGGACUCUUUCACGCCAUACUUCGCAGACGAGUCGGAGAAGGUCAAGCUCGCUGCUGCAGUCGCACUCGGACGCGCUGGAGCUGGAGAUGUGAAGACAUACCUACCGAAGAUACUGAACGGAAUGGCACAAGGUCGGCAGUAUCUCCUGCUGCACUCUGUGAAAGAGCUCUUGCAACACAGCACUGCAGAAGAUGAUAUCCGCCCAUACACCAAGAAUUUGUGGGAGAACAUUAUCAAUUCCGGUCAAGCCGAGGACAACAAGGUCGUUGGUGCUGAAUGUGUCGGGCGCUUGGCUAUCAUCGAUCCAGCGGCCUACCUGCCACAGUUGCACACUUUCCUCCAGAACCCCAACCCAGCCGUUCGUGGCAUGGUCAUCGCGGCGCUUCGAUACGUGUUCUCUGACACGGAAGACAGCUACAACGCGCAUCUUCAGGCCACCAUCAUUCCUUUGCUCUCGACUAUGCUACGCGACCGCGAUCUGGACAACCAGCGAUUGUCACUCGCCACCUUCAACUCCGCACUUUAUAACAAGCCGGACCUCGUCCUACCGCAUCUGGGCGAACUUUUGCCUUACGCAAUGCAGGCCACAGUCAUUCGUCCUGAGCUCAUCCGUGAAGUGCAAAUGGGUCCUUUCAAACACAAGAUCGACGAUGGACUGGAAAUGCGCAAGUCUGCAUACGAGACGCUCUAUGCUCUGCUUGACUCUCCCGCAUCUCGCGAGCGUAUUGACAUGUCUGCCUACUACGAUCGAAUUGUGGCUGGAGUGGGAGACGACCAUGACAUCAAGAUUCUGUGUUGCCUUGUGCUCAUUAAGUUGCUCACUAUUGCUCCUCACGAGAGUGGCCGUCGUUUGGAGAGCCUCGCGCAACAGUUCCGCACCGUGCUCACCUUCAAGCCCAAGGACACUGCUGUCAAGCAAGAACUUGAGAAGCUUGCCGAGGAACAGAAAGCGGUUGUCAAGGUCAGCGUCUACUUCAACAAGGCUUUCGGAGUUGACACUACAGGUGACGCUGCCGUGGGUGGGACCAAUCGUGCCUGGAAGGAUUACUUUGACUAUGUCAAGAAGGACCAUCAUGCUGCUACCAAGGCGGCGGAGGACGAGAUCCGUCAGACGGGCGGCGGUGCCGGAGGAUUGGCCGCAGCGUAGAAGGCUGUGAAGAAAUAUCCGGAAGCUUUGCAGAUGUGGCAUGACUGGGUGGGAGAUACGAGUAUGAUGAUCAAAACCGUGGGUCCAGAUCAUUCGCCGUCACAGGACGUUUUCAUGAAAGAGGUUGGUCCUGUGGAAGGCGAAGUCAAACGCAGGCUAAAGGCAAAGGUCGAGGCUGCUGCUCAGGGCUUGACUGACCACGAGAUGGAUGAUGCCGAUGACAAGGGGGGUUUUUUUGCCAGGAUGAGAAUUUCGAGAGGCGAGAGGCGGUCACGGCGUAGUGGCCAUUCGCCUCAUUGAGAGGAUACCGAAUUCUUUGCGUUGUUUCCUCAUCGUUCUUCUUUUGGUUGUGGCAUAGCGAUCACGGUUCAGCGAGCAGAUCGGACGAGAAUAUGAUACAGUAGAGAGGUAUGAAAAGCAGCUUGUAUGCAUGGUGCGCUCUGGAAUUGCGAGUUGCUGUCUCGCUCCGUUGAUCAAUGCAGGAUGCCAGCAUCACG